CUCCUCUCUCCCUCGCUUCUCCUCUGCUCCCUCUUCCUCCCCAAGGUCCUGUUUCGCCCGAGGCUGACGCCGAGCACCUCCCCGUGGCAUGCUGGCGCCCCACCUCCCGGUGGCCGGGCGAGGGCACCUCGACGAUGGCGGGGCUGGGUUCCACUCGGCGGCCGAUGGUGAGCCCUCCACCCCGCCGUUGGAGCUGGACACCGGUGGCGACUCCAGCUACUCGCCACACUCGGCCCCUCUCUUUGGCGGGGGGGACUUUGGUCCAGCCCUCCGGUCUGCCCCGGGGCGUCCGGCCCAUGGGGACCCGGCGAGCGCGCCGGCACGCGCCCCGCCGCCACCGGUGUCCGAGCCAUGCCUUGCCUUGCGGGUGAUGACCCGCGCGCCCGCCGGCCCCACCCCUCCGCGGCCCCUGUCCCUGUCAUCGCUCUCCCCGUCCUCCAUGCCGGAGCCGGCGGGCACUCCUGGGGCCGUGCAAUUCUUGGCCUUCCCUGCGGGAUCUGCCGAUCGGCCUCCGGCGGCUGCCUCCUUUUCCCAGCUGGAUCUGCUGCCCGGGGUGGAGAUCGACUUUCUCCAGCCUUCAUGGUUUGUGCAGAUCGGCCACGGCGCGGGGUCCCUCCUGCGGGAUGGGGCCCUCCUGCAUCCGGGCCGGUGGUAUGAGCUCCGGUGCGGGGUAAUGCUGGAGGUCGCGGGUCGUACGGUCGAGAUUGUCCUCACUCCGGCGCGCCUGGCCGAUCUGGCCCAAUCGGCGACCGGCUCGCUGGCGCCGGCGCCCACGCUCUCUGGGGCCGACGUGUCCGCCCUGCCGGACCAGGGCAGCCUGCCCGGUUCGCUGACAUCCUCCUUGACGCCAUCGGCGCCGGCCAUCUUUGCCACGGCCGAUUCGGCGAUCUUCGCCUUGCCGGCACCCCCCCCCAUACCGGCGACGGCGGCCACGAUGACGACGGCGGCGGCGGAGGCCGCAGAGGUGGCCCCCUCCACGGCCUCACCCCCGACCCCAGCCGCCGGCCCUUCGACCGCCGAUCCCUUCGACUCGCUUGCCACCCAGCCGCCGGUGGAUCCGUUGUUCAUUGACGCCUCUCUCCCGGAGGAUUGGACCGACUUGCUCCCAGGCACCGGGGCCCAGGAGGCCAUUCCCAUGGACGCCACUCGGGGGCCUGAUGCCGAUGACCCGCCUCCGGCCACGGCCGAGUUCACCGCGGAUUCCGGAUCCGCCAGCGACCAGCCGGACACCCUGCCGCCAGUGCACAGCCUCUUCUUUGACUCGCAGGCGCCGCUGGAUCUCACCGGGCUCUUUGAGGAUGCGGAUUCCGGGGCCACUGCUGCCACGGCCGGCGAGCCGGCUUCCCUGGACAAUGACACCCUGCCUGCGUCGCCCCUUUGCCUGACGCCUGUGCGCAUGCAGCCGGCGGCCGAUCCGACCCUCACUACGACCCCGGCCACGGUGAGCCUCGGCAACCGACAUUCCCUGCUUAGUGGUGGCCCCCCAGCCGAUGGUAGCCCGGGGUCGACGCAGCCCGUGGGCCUGAUGCUGGCGCCGGAGCCCGGACAUCCGGGCGCGGACCAGUCGCUGGGCGCCACGCAGCCGGUCAUGUCUCGGACGCCGCUCCUUGGAUCCGGCAGGCCGGGUCUCGGCCCUGCGGCCCAUGUCGACCAUUCGCCAGCCGACACGCAGCCCGUUCCGCCCCGGACGCCGCUGACCGGUGGGAGCCGGCCUGUCGCCGGGCAUCAUGGCGGUCCGGGCGAUCACUCGCCGGCCGACACACAGCCGGUGCUCCUCCGAACGCCAGUCCUCGGGCAGGCCGGCCGGCGCCCCCAUGCGCAUGUCCCCCUGGCCGACGACUCGCCGGCCGACACGCAGCCAGUGCUCCUCCGUGUCCCCAUGUAUGGGGACCAUCAGCCAUCCCAUGCUCCGCAGGGGGGCGCCUUUGCCGACCAGUCGCCAGCAGCCACGCAGCCGGUUUUGGCUCGCACGCCGGUGCCUGGCUACCGGGCCACCGGCCAUGCGGACGACCCAUACGCGGCGACACCUCUCAUUGACCCUUCGGGCUCGGCCCCGGCCGCGGAUCCGGACAGCAUGAUUGAUCUGACCCAGCCGGUGACCGGACCCCCUCGGGGCAGGCCACUGGCGCCCGGCACCCCGACCAGCGGCCAGACGCCCCUCCUCGGGCAGGCCCCGCAGUCGAGGACCCCGGCGCAUCCUGCCACCCCCACUCAGGCCGGCGAUCGGGACACGCCAUUGGUCGAUGUGGAGCUCUCGCCGCCUCUCUUCACCCUGGCCCCUGCCGGCGCUCGGCUGACCGCUCCCGCUGAGGGGUCUCCAAGUGUCAUGGCCGGGAGGUCAAGCCAAUCGCCCGCACCCUCCUCGGCGACCGUUGCAUCGGCCGCCCUCCGGCGCCUUGGUCUCUGCCACAGCCCGCACUCGCCGUCACCGCGCGCUCGGGUGGACGAUGCCCCAGGCAUCCGCCCCGGACCGGGGGCCGUGGCUGCCCCAGCAGCCGGGCCGACCUCGCAGGACUUGACUCCGAUCUUGCCGGCGGCCUCCGGCACACAGCAUCACCGGCUGCUUGCAUCCCCCCCGCCAGCCAAUCACUCGCCCACCGACGAAUCGCUCCUGCUGGUGAAGGAUCCCUGCUCGCAGGAGGCCGAAAUGGCCUUCCCGAUGCGAUCUCUGGAGGAGCACUUCCAGCUGGUUGCGCAGGGGUACCCUCAGGCAGCCGAGCCGGCCGCAGCAGCAGUGGCUGCCACCGCGGCAAAGGCAGCCCCCGUUCGGCUUCCUGAGGGUCCCAUGCCGAAUACGCCGGCCGCAAGCCUGGGCCCGGCCUCGGCACUGAGUCCCACGCCCCCGCUGGCCUUCUGUCACGAGGCGGUGGCUCGGGCCCUGGAGGCCGCUGCUCUGCCUGGGAGCCCCUCGCCUGCUGGCCCGGCGGCCGCGCGACACCUGGCUCCCGGUGCUCCGGCCACACCCGUGGCCUCGGCGCGCUCCACCAAGGCGGCCUCCUCGCCGACCUUUGGGUCACCGGGCAUGGCGCGCUCGAUCGCUGCCGCUGCGGCCACCGCCGCCGCCGCCGCCGCCGCCGCCGCCGCCGCCGCUGCCACCACCACCGACACUCCUGUCGCCGUGGCUCCGGACGCCACCCGGGGGGAUGAUUGCCUUGAGGGCCCAGUCUCGCCACCCGCAUCGCCCGCCGGCGAGCUGGUGGCCAUCACCCUCCAUCAGGCAGGCUCGGCGUUUGCCGUUUCUCGCGUGGACCAUCGGCCAGCAGUAGCAGCAGCACCGGUGCCAUCGGGCGGACCGGCAGCAGCUGGAGCCUCCCUGGCGCCGGCACCUGUCGGGGCUGGGGUGCACGACCCUGUGCCGUCCACCCCCCCCAGGCGGGUGGAGCUACCGGCGACACUGCUCUCGCCCCACCGGCACCUGUUUUUGGACUCGGCCCUUUGCCUGCUCGAGGAAAGUCCCCGGGCCCCGGGCCCCGUGAUGCAGGUCGAGCCGAAGCUCGAGGCACCGCCAACGCCACCGACGGCCGCCGCCAUUCCCCAGGGUAUCUGCUACUUCGAUCCGGAGCCACACCCACGCAUCGCUUUCUCUGGGCUGAGCUCAUCCCGUGUGCGGGAUCUAUCCGCGAUUGCCCGCCGACUGCGAGCCACCGUGCUGGACCCGUUCCCGGAGCAGCAGCAAGAUCUCAGCAAGCUCAAUAUGUCCCUCUCCGGCACCAUGCUGGCCAGCCCGGCGGACACAUACUUCCCCACGCACCUGGUGGCUCCGGCGCCCGUGCGCCGGACGACCAAGUGGCUCUGUGCCGUCGCCCGGGGUGCUGAAAUCGUGGACGAGUCCUGGCUCGUCGCGGCCGGAGCGCUCGGCUACUUCCCUCAUCCCCAAGACUACCGCAUCCGGGAUGAGCGGCUUCAGGAGGCCCGAUCCCGCGCCCUUCGGACCCCGCUGCUCAAUGGCCGCACGGUUUUCGUGACCGAUUGCGUGGAGGUCCCCCCGCCGGUGGAACUUCGCGCAAUCGUGUGCUCGGCCGGAGGUCUGUAUAUGCCCCUUUCGCGCGACAACAUCGAAGGUAAGCUCUUUCACACGGAGGACAUCGUGCUUGCGGCGACGACCAAACCACGUGCCGGAUUGCCGGCAUCGGCAAGCACAUCCACCGCUGGCGCUCCCGCUGGGACAGGGCUGGGGUCUCGUCAAAAGCGCACCCGGCCACCGGCUCCCCUGACUGCCGCCGCCGCCGCCGCCGCCGCCCCGGAGAAGUCCCUCACGCCAGCCCGCGGAGAGGCCGUCCUCCUCCGCAGCUUGCCUGUUCACUUGCCGGUGCACGGCGUGGGCUUCCUCCUGGAUGCUGUUGUCAACCAGCAAUUUGACUGGGAUGUCGAGGUUGUCUCCAUCCCCUCGCGCCAGAACGCCGGCUCGGCUGCCGGGUCCUUCUCUUCCGGGUCCUUUUCCUCGACGAGCAGCAUCUCCUCAGCCGCUUCCAGUCAGGCGUCCUUCUCGUCGCAGGCGCCAGUGCCGGCGGUUCCCGGAAGGCUGUCGGCCGGGCGCAAGCGCCGUGCUGACACCACCCCUCCACCUCUAAGUGAGCCCUCCGACACGGACUUCUCCGACUAUUGCCCCUCCACGGAUGAGGCCGAUGCCGGGGGCAGCACGCCGGGCUUAUCGCCGGUUGGGGCUCCGGCCAGCGGGGCCCCCCUCCCGGCGCAGCCGAAAACCCGACGCUCGUCGCGCCUCUCUCGCGCCCCCUCCACCGAGCCGCUCACCUCUCUCAGCCCGAUGCUUCGCUCGCGCCAAACGCGAUCCGCCGCGGGCACCGGCCGCGCUUCCCGGGCGAACGCCCGCAAGUGAAAAGCCAAAGCUCGGUAGUAGCCCC